UUCAAGAGAAGACUCACUCUUCUAGAGAAGAAAUACGAGCUCGAUGCAUCAACUACAACCAGUCAGCCCACAAAGUCCACCAACGGCUUUCACCUAGGUGCCUUAACAAGUAUAUCUGAAGAGGACGAUGUCUAUUUCCCCUAUGAAAACCUCGUGCUGGAAGGCGGUGGAAGCCAGGGAAAUGCUUACCUUGGAGCCAUUAUGGAAAUGGAGCGACUCAACGUCCUGGGAAAGAUACAACGUUUCGCUGGUUCCAGCGUAGGGUCAAUGACAGCAUGUCUGCUUGCCAUAGGACAUGGGUCAAGCAAAUUUCUCUCCAUUGUGAACGAUGGCCCCCAAUUUUCAGAUCUGUUAGACGCAAGUUGUGGAAAAUUAAGCCUGGUACCAAAUCUGUAUCGUUACAUGGGCUGGCAUCCGGGAAGGUAUUUCUACACGACGCUCGGUAAGGAUAUUGCUGAAAAGCUAGGAGACGAGAAUGCCACAUUCAAGGACCAUUACGAUCAGACUGGAAAGGAAUUAUGUGUAGUGGUGACCAAUCUAAGUACAAUGAUGGAGGAGUACUGCCACGUCAAGACUACUCCGAACAUGCCAAUUAGAACAGCAGUCAGGAUGUCAAUAUCUGCUCCAUUUGUAUUCGUCCCUGUCAAGCGGCAGCAUAUGGGCCGGACUGAUCUCUACAUCGACGGUGGUGUUUUGUGUAACUAUCCAGUUCAUUGUUUCGAUGGAUGGUGGCUUUCCAUGAAACCUGAAGACUCUCUCUUGAAGAGAAUGCAACCCCUGGAGGAUGCAGCAAAGCUUCUCACCAAGAAAGAGAGAUUUGGAAUGUUCAACGACAAAACAUUUGGCAUGAUCAUAUACAGUGAUUAUGAUUCCCACGUACUUGCGACCAAUCCCGACUUAGAAGCACCAGUAGCAGCUAUACCAGACACAAAACUUGCCAGAGCACACCAAAAAGUGAAAAUGAAGAGAGAAUUGAAUUGUAAACAGCAUCGUCUCGUGACAGACGCAAUGACGAGAUUCCUCAAAGUUCUGGAUCAGAACUGUUUAGAAGGUACCACAAUUAAAAAGAACGAAUUCAUGCAAGCCUUCAAUGAUAACAAGGAGUUCACAUCUGACCACGCCCAAAUUCUCUUCGGUGAAGACCUUACAAUCGAGGAAAUAUUUGCCAGUAUUGAUGCCAAUUCUGAUGGAGAGAUCGAUUUCAACGAGCUGAUGUCUUUAGCUGAGCAGGAAGGCGUAGGAAUCCAAACCCAUCACAUUGGAACAGGACAUCUUGAGAUCAAGAACACGACUGAUUAUCUCGUUGGUAUCUUCAAUAUGCUUCUCAUGAAUGUAAAAAGAGCUUUCUUAGAGGGCCAUGAUAUUGAAAGAACAGUCCUUAUCAAUACCGUGUAUGUCAAAUCCUUAGACUUCAGCCCAGAGAAGGAAGACCUGGAUUUCCUAGUAGAGCAAGGACGUCGUGGACUGCAGACAUUCCUCAAGUAUCAGAAGAACAGAGCUACGAGGAAAAACAUUACCAAGGGAUCAUUAAAUCUGAAAAUUGAAAAAGGAGGAGGAGAAGAAGGACGAGAAGAAGGAUAAGAAAGAGGAGAAGAAAAAAAAGUGUGCCAAAAUAUAUUUGUUUACGAAUUAGAGCUGAUAUUUCCACUAAUUGCUUUGGGAGUCUCGACUUACGUACACUUAACAGAAUAGUUCGUCCAAUCCAUCCAAUCACGUAAAAAUCACUUCUGACUUCCACAUUGAAUGAAAAUAAGUCUUUUUAAAGGGGUGGUGUGCAAAUAAAUACUUUGAAAUACAUUUACUGAUUUGACAUUUACUGUGAAUGGGGAAGAAAAUGACAUGGGCUUUUAUUGUUAUUUUUUCCAAAACACAAGUACGAAGCGUAAUUACUGAUUCGAGGCACUGUAAAAGUUAAACAAGAUUAACAACAUUAUGGCCUCCAAGAAUUUUUUUUUCCAUAUUUAUAUUUGAUAUCUGUUUUACCUUAUUUAUUUAUAUCACGGAUAUUUAUCAUGGUAUGUUAUACUUUCUGUAUUAAUCUUUUUGCAAAAUCCUAAAUCAGAUCUGAAAUAUUAAUAGGAUGGCUACUAAAGUGCAUACCAAUAAAAGAUUUGCAAAUCCUCGGUAAUAUACGCAUUUUUAAAUGACCGUCUAAUGUAUAAUUGUACGUCUUUGUAAAUAACUUCUUUUUACUUAUUUCAACAAAUGCUUGCAUUUGUAUUAGACAGUUCAUAUCUCCUUGCCAUGGACAUAUUUUGUAUGCAUCAAUUGAGAUUUUAAUACUUUUCAAUUUGUAUAUUUCGACAAAAUAUUAAGCAUUUAAAACAUUUAGAUGCAUUUCAUUUCUUUUAUAUAAUGACUGUAUAUUAACACUUUUGUCAAUCACUUUUAAUAUACGAUAAGUUGUUCUUUGGACAUUACUGUAUAAUGCUGCAGUUAAGACUUCAACAUGGAAAACUGUCAUGACGUUCUUAUGACUAUCCAUUUCCAUAUGGUGAUGGUAUUCUCCAUGGCCCUGGGAACGAUUUAUUUAUUCAUUUUAUUUUUAUUUUAUUUUCAGCUUUAUUUAAUUAGGGUGGCCUCAUCAGUUACACAAACUGCUGUCCUUGAGGGCCCUAAGAUGAAAAAAAUCAAUAUGUACAAUAUUUACAAAGAAUACAUCAAUCAAAAUGGCAUAUACAGGUAUUAGAGUAUUACUUUAAAAACAGAUUCAUGUGAUAAACAUUAAAAUAUAAUCAAAUAAAAGAUCAAAAUGAAUUGCAAAAAAAUUUUACUGUAAAAUUAAGGCAAUUGGAAACAGCUAAAUAUGAUUUAACAGGAAUAGGAAGGAUGACUGGUAACAGUAUUGUUCAAUUGAGAAAUUAUUAAGAAAUAAUUUGAGUAGAUGUUGAGUAAUGAGUAAUAUUUUGAGUAAUGUUGCUAAAUAUGAUAUGUGAUUUAACAAGCAAAAAAGGGGGAUUCAUUACAAAAUAAUGGUUAUUCUGGUCCCGCAAAAAAAAAUGUAGGUCACUUUUUUACAUUUCUCCAUGCUGUCUUUGGAAAAUAAUACAUGCAGCGCCCUCAAGGAAAGUCUUGAGGGUGGCUUCCCAGGGCCUUGGUAUAUUCUCAUCGUAAGUUGUAUUUCAUUUUUAUUUUUUAUUUCAUCAGAGAUUUAAAAAGAAAUUGAAUGAAUGAAAUGUCUUUAUAAUUAAUGUUAAUACCCAAGUCUAUUCCAUGAUCUUAUCUAAUCUGUAUACAAAUAUCAUUCUACAUUUUCGAUAUUUCUCGUUUUGUAAUUUAUUAUUAAUAAAAAAUAGUUGUAUUUUUGCCAUAUUCCCUUUCGGCAAAGGAAUUCAGAUAUAAAUUGUCUAUCACUUACCUGCAUGGACUGCAGAGGUUAUAGUUAUUCGUUGUAGCACAUUCGAUGGGUCUUGUUUUUUCUAUCUUCCAUCUUCUUAUCUCCAUGGUCACACUAGUGUCAAUGGUCCACAGUGUUCCCGCCUUCCCACCCUUGAUGACGUCUCCUGCAUGUUUUCAAUCUUGUUAUGUUAGUUUUCUUUUUGUUGUCAGUGAUCACCUUUGUCCUCCGAUUAAAAAAUAAUAAUUUUACUAAGUAAAACUCUCUCCAAUUACUGCGAGAUAGAUUA